AUGGCGGACUCUGAACUGCGUCAGCGGAAGCCGCAGGAUGCUGAAGAGCCUGUCCAAGCACCCAAGGCCAAGAAGAGCACAAAAAAGAUCCGCGAGACAGAUGCCGAGUCUCCAUGGGUGGACGUCUUGCGCGUAAUCAGCUUCCUAUUCGUGGCAUCCUGUGCACUCAGCUACUGGAUCAGCAAUGGCGAGAGCUUCUUCUGGGGCAUGAAGAACAAGCCCAACUACCUGCGGGUGGACUGGUGGAAAACUCAAAUGCAAGGUCCUCUUUACCUGACCCCCGAGCAACUUGCCAGCUACGACGGCAAAGACGCCUCCAAACCCGUCUACGUGGCCCUCAACGGUACAAUCUACGACGUCUCCAACGGCCGCAAAAUGUACGGCCCCGGAGGCCCAUAUAGCUACUUUGCGGGCUGUGACGCCGCCCGCGGCUUCGUCACGGGUUGCUUCGCCGAGGAUCGUACUCCGGACAUGCGAGGCGUGGAGGAUAUGUUCCUGCCGCUGGACGACCCCGAGGUGGAUGCCCAAUGGACCACGGCCGAGAUGGAGGCGAUAAAGCAGAAAGAGAUGGCGGAUGCGCUGAAGAAAGUCGACGAUGCGCUGGGCAACUGGGUCAAGUUCUUUGCAAACAGCAAAAAGUAUCACAAGGUGGGGUAUGUGAAGAAGGAUAAGAAUUGGCUGGAGAAGGAGCCUAAGAAGAAAUUGUGUGAGGCAGCUCAGCAGGGCAGAUCAAAGAGAAAGGACCGCAACAGCGAAUAUUAG